AUGUUUGGCGGACCGCAUGAACAGCUCUCCGAGAAAGAGAUCCGCGAGGGCGAGGCUCAAGCCACGGCCCAAGUGCAAUUCUUCACCGUUGCCUGCCUCGCACUCUGGUUCUGUACGUUACCUCCACUCCCUGUUGAAGUUUUCCUCGAAACCCUCGUCCUGCCACGUUCUGCCGGGAGAUUGUCCGGUUCGGGAAUCUAG